UGGAGCUUGACACUAGUAAUUGUGUGGCUGGCUCGAUGGUACUUGGUAAAAUAAUAAGAAUAGAGGAGAGUAAGGCGCUUAAGUGAUGCUUAAGUUAAUCUCAUGCCUUCCCAGAAAGCUGAGCAGCACACUAACUAGCUAUUCCUGAAAGAGGAAGGAAAAGAUGCGGUUCAAGAUGGAAAGCGUCCUGCUGUCUCUUCUUUUCUGGCACAAAGCAGUGCUGGCGCUGUCCCCCGGUGAGGAUGAGAGACUGGAGCUGUGGCACAGCAAGGCUUGCAAAUGCGAUUGCCAAGGAGGUCCUAACUCAGUUUGGUCCAGUGGGACUAACACCUUAGAGUGCAUGCCAGAGUGCCCGUACCACAAGCCCCUUGGCUUUGAGUCCGGCGCUGUCACCCCCGACCAGAUAAGCUGCUCCAACCCCGAGCAGUACACGGGCUGGUAUUCCUCCUGGACCGCCAACAAGGCCCGCCUCAAUGGGCAAGGCUUCGGGUGUGCGUGGCUCUCCAAGUACCAGGACAACGGGCAGUGGCUGCAGAUCGACCUCAAGGAGGUGAAGGUGAUCUCGGGGAUCCUGACGCAAGGGCGCUGCGACGCCGACGAGUGGAUGACCAAGUACAGCGUGCAGUACCGCACCGACGAAAACCUCAACUGGGUUUACUACAAGGACCAGACCGGCAACAACCGGGUCAGUGGACUCGGCGAUUCGGCCUUGGGGAGGGUGUUUGGUGACAUGAAAGCCUCACGUCUCGGGCCAGGGCUCACGCACAACGACGAUGCAGAGGCAAAACACGGAGGCAAAAUCCAUGACUAUUUAAAUCAUCAUCCACUGAGCUGUUCUCGCACUGCAUUUGCUAGUGGUUGA